GCCGACUACAUUGAAUGAUAGCAAAGAAAAUAUUUUGUAAUAACAUUAAAGGAGACAUGUUUGGAUUGUUGAAUUGCCCAGUUUAUAGCAUGGUUAGGCGGACUACAUUGAAUGAUAGCAAAGAAAAUAUUUUUGUAAUAACAUUAAAGGAGGCGUGUUUGGAUUGUUGAAUUGCCGAGUUUAGCUGCAGAAGGUAGAGAGAGAGAGAGAUGGAGAGCAUAGAGCACAGAACGGUGGAAGUGAACGGCAUAAAGAUGCAUGUUGCAGAGAAAGGAGAAGGAGCAGUGGUGUUGUUCUUGCACGGCUUCCCAGAACUCUGGUACUCAUGGCGCCACCAGAUUCUAGCUCUGAGCUCCCUCGGUUACCGUGCGGUGGCACCUGAUCUCCGUGGCUACGGUGACACAGAGGCCCCUUCUACGGUGAACAGCUACACGUGUUUUCAUCUGGUGGGUGAUAUCAUUGCUCUCAUCGACUCUCUGGGUGUGGACAAAGUGUUCCUGGUGGCUCAUGAUUGGGGUGCCAUCAUCGGUUGGUACCUCUGCUUGUUCCGACCAGACAGAAUCAAGGCUUAUGUGUGCCUCAGUGUCCCCUUCCGCCCCUUCCUCGGAAGAAACCCCAAACAGAAAACCGUUGACUUUUUCCAUUCCUUGUAUGGAGAUGACUACUACAUCUGCAGAUUCCAGGAACCAGGGAAGAUGGAAGCUGAGAUGGCUGGCGUUGACACUGCGUAUCUGAUGAAGAACAUACUUACAACGCGCAAAACCGGUCCACCCACUUUUCCAAAAGGGGAGUAUGGAACUGGAUUUAAUCCAGGUACUCCAGACACCUUGCCCUCUUGGAUCUCUCAAGAAGAUCUUGAUUAUUAUGUUACUAAAUUCAACAAGACUGGCUUCUCUGGAGGCUUGAACUACUACAGAAACCUCAAUUUAAAUUGGGAACUGACAGCACCAUGGACUGGAGCAGGCAUCGUAGAUGUACCGGUUAAGUUCAUCACAGGUGGCGUUGACUUGGUGUACACUUCUCCGGGGAUGAAGGAGUAUAUCCACAACGGUGGUUUCAAGAAAGAUGUGCCAACUUUAGAGGAAGUGGUGGUGCAGGAAGGGGUUGCACACUUCAACAACCAAGAAGCAGCAGAGGACGUGAGCAAUCACAUCUACGACUUCAUUAAGAAGUUCUGAUUCUCAUCAGUGCUUAAUCAUUCCAUUAUGUCCACAACUUUGUGCCGUUUUCUGUUUCAAUCAACCCGAAUAAAAUCAUACCGUUUUAGUGCGCGUCUAGAUUGCAAAUUUGGAGUUUGACUCAAGUAUGUAAUCUUUGGUCAAAAUGAAUGUUAUUCUGUAUGAUAUCAAUCAAUAUUACUUUUUAUCACAUAAUUACUUAAAUAAUGUCUAA